UUUGGUUGCAUAAACUAUAAUGCGCAAUACGAAAUGCGCUAACAUACGUAGAAUCCGCGCAGUUCGUGGUUGCGCGACCAUUAAAACGGACAAGUCUUUGCUAUCAUUCGGACCCAUAAGGGUUUCAGUAACGUUCGUACUAGCGUAGAGAAAAGGAGAUAUUUUAAGAUAUCACGCACAUAUUUAAGUGUGAAGUAACUGUCGCAUUGUAAUUGAAAAUGUUCACCGGUUUAACGAAUCAGGUGUCUACAUGGAUGGGAAAGAAGGCAGAGGAUGCCGGCACGGAAUUACCACCUGAGGAAAAAAUUCCUGUAACUGCCGAAGGAGAAGAAUUGGACAGGAAAGAUAGCCCGACCAAAAGUGGCAGCAAAUUGGACAUGUUGGUUGGUGUGAAAUCCCAGAUGACAGGCUGGUUUAGUGGUGGAAUUCCUGGACUGAGCCGCGGUGGACAAGGAAAUGAAGGCGAAUCGCAGGGCCCUAAAACAAUGAACGGGGCCCAAGUGGCACAAACCACCACCGAGGGUACCGUCGAACAGACAAAAGACGACGAUGCUAGUAGUAAGCGAUUGAUAAGCGCAACUGGCGGAGCUGAUAGUGGUCCUGCGAGCUUAGAAGGUUCUCCAUCCGAGGAUAAGGAAGGACAACAAGCAUUUGGAGGAGUUUCAACGAAAGCCCUGGCAGGCGCCAAGACCCUCGGAGGAUUUUUGUACAGCGCCGUGAAUAAGGCUGGAAAAACCGUGGUCGAGGCUGGGGCAAAGAUCAAGAAGACCGUCGAGGAGAACAGAUUGGUCGCCGAGCUGAACAGAGAACAGGAGGCUUUCAUUGCGAACAAGCACACCGAAAAGGGUGAGGCCGUCGCACCGUGGGUCGGCGCGCCUAACGAGGACAUACUCCGCGAGGAAUGCUUAUCUCUCUCCAUGGAUCAACGCAAUUUCUUAAAAUCCCCGCCAAAGGAAGUCGAUUUCCCAUGGGACUUUGAGGCCGUACAACCGAUGGCGCAAGCAACUCUCGCCUUGGAUCCGAAUUUGGAGAACAUGAGGUUCCAACUGGUGCCGAAAGUAAUAUCAGAGGAGAAUUUCUGGCGGAACUACUUUUACCGGGUGUCGGUACUCCGCCAGAGCCACGAGCUGAACACAAUGGCCAACCAGGCGGAAAACAACCUAAAUCAAACAUCCGCAGGAACUGUGGAUCAAGCUGAAGUUCAAGUGACCACUGGCCAGGAAAGCAGCGGAACCGUGAUGACCGGGAGUAACAGCGCGUUGGCCGAUUCGCCGGGCCACGAAUUCGUGUCCGAUAGCAUGAGGGUCUCGGACACGGACCUCGAAGAGGUCCGGGAAGGCAUGAAAAAGCUGGGGAUGCAGCCGCCUAAAGCCUAAGAAGAGGAGAAUCCCCCCGAUAUAAAAGCAUUAUCCAAAGCACACCCCUCAGAAAUAAAUACGACAAGCUUCUUUCCCCGUCUCGAAGGCCGACGUUGAGCUUUUCGGUUCUCGUCCACAAUUUCCUCCUACCCUCCUUCUCUUUUUUUUUCACUUUUCUUAUUUUUCUACUUCUUCUUUUUAUUCGUUCCUCGCUAGGUUAAUCCCCGUAAAAUAACCAUAAUUAGAGUGUGAAUGCGAGGAUGUUCUCACGGGACGAACGAUCCUCGUUGUUUCUUUUUUUUUUUGCUUCCUUGUAUUUUGCUUUCUCUCUCGUAACGUAAUCCUUUUAAGUGUCUCUCGGUUUUUUUUUUUUAUUAAUUUUAUUUUAUUUUAUUUUUUUCCAUUAUCGUCUCCUAAAUCCCGAUAAAAGAGAUCGACAAGAUGCCACCCGUGCCACGCGUGUAACAAUCGAUCGACGAUGUUAGGGGUAGUUUUUCGUUAUCGUUGCUAUCGUUAUCCGCCGAUAUCGUUUGCCGUCGAUUGU